ACCUACAAACCACGAGUAAUCGCCGAUCACUGUGUUAUAGUCCGAUAUCGAGAGUAAUAGCGGAUUAAUUGAUGGCUACGGGAGUGGAGUUGACGGAGACGGAGAGGAUGGUCUCGGGCAUAGCCUUGAGCUUUCCGGCGAACGACGACACGGCAUUGUAUUCCUCAUCGUCCAAGUCCCCGAAAGUUCCUCGGAGGCUCAGACGGCUUCUCGAGCCCAGAAUCCCUUCCACCGCAGAAGAGAUCGAAGCCAAGCUCAGAGGCGCUCAUCUCCGCCGACAGCAAUACUAUGAGUUGUUGUCAAGUAAGGCGCGGCCAAAGUCGAGGAGUCUGCAGCGGUCUUCUUCUUCGCAAGAGGGAGAUCUUGGUCAGCGGCUUGAAGCCAAACUUAAUGCUGCUGAGCAGAAGAGGUUAAGCAUUCUUGCAAAGGUUCAGAUGCGCUUAGCUAAGCUGGAUGAGCUGAGGCAAGCGGCUAAAACUGGACUGGAGACACGCUUUGAGAAGGAACGUGAUGAGCUUGGCAUGAAAGUGGAAUCACGGGUUCAGCAAGCAGAGGCAAAUCGGAUGCUUCUCCUUAAAGCUUCUCGACAACGGAGGUUGGCCAAGAGAGAGCAAUCAGCUCAAUUCUUGAUGCAAAAAAUGAUUCAGGACAGAAAGUACAAGGAAUGUGUGCGUGCUGCAAUUCAUAGAAAAUGCGCAACUGCUGAGAAAAAGCGCCUGGGAUUGUUGGAAGCGGAAAAGACAAAGGCUCAUGCUAGGGUAUCGCAAGUACGGCGAAUAGCAAAGUCUAUCUGUAGUAAAAGGGAGUUUGAGAGAAUGAGAAUUAAAGACCAAUUAGAAGAUCGGCUCCAAAGGGCAAAGAAACAAAGGGCAGAAUAUUUGAGGCGAAGAAGUUCACAUGAUUCUGUACAUAUCACUUCAAAAACGAUGCAUGAUCAGGGGGAGUACUUUCCAAGAAACUUAGCAAGGUGCUGGAGACAGUUUGUAAGAUCGAGGAAAACUACUUUUGCUUUGGCGAAAGCAUUUACGUCCUUAGAGAUUAGUGAAAAAUCUGUCAAGUCAAUGCCAUUCGAGCAGCUUGCUCUUCAAAUUGAGUCAGCUACAACUAAUCAAGCUGUGAAAGCUUUACUUGACCGGUUAGAGAGUCGCUACAUGAUAUCACGGGCAGCUAGGUGCAGCCCAUCCAGUCUGGAGAACAUUGAUCACCUUCUUAAGCGUGUUGCUUCUCCAAUUAGAAAGGGAAAUAUUGGUACCAAGAGGAAAGGGUCAAAGACUUUUGAUUCUAGUAAAGAACUAGCUCGAAGGCCUAUUAUGUUAUCUAGGUACCCAGUGAGAGUUGUGCUCUGUGCUUAUAUGAUCUUGGGAUUCCCAGACACAGUUAUCAGUGGGAAGGGUGAGCAUGAGGUUGCUCUUGCUGAGUCUGCUGCUAAGUUCAUACGUGAUUUUGAGCUUUUGAUAAAGAUCAUAUUAGAGGGUGCCAUUCAAAAUGCUGAAGAGAAAACAACAAUUCCAAGUCAAAUCACUUUCAGAUCACAGCUGGAAGCCUUUGAUAAUGCGUGGUGCUCUUACCUGUAUCACUUUGUAGUAUGGAAAGUUAAGGAUGCUAAGUCACUAGAGGAGGAUUUGGUGAGAGUCGCUUGCCAAUUGGAGCUCUCUAUGAUGCAAACUUGCAAGCCGAAUCCAGAAGGAGAUAAUGGUGCUAUCCUAAAACAGGUUACAGAAGACCAGGAACUACUUAGGGCAAAGGUGCAGCAUCUGAGUGGUAAUGCUGGACUUGAACGUCUGGAAUGUGCUCUCUCUGACACGCGUUCCAGAUUUUUGGAAGCCAAGGUUUCUGGGAGUUCAUCUGCAUCCCCAUUUCCACGUAUUUCAUCUUCACGUCUGCCUAAGUCACCAGAUGGCUCUUUGGCUUCUGUCCCCGGUGAAAUGAAUAACCUGGCUGAAGGCUGUGAAAGCACAGGUCCCAUUGUUCACUCCUUGUCUGACAGAGAUGAUUCUUCCUCAGGCAAAGCAGUUGGGUCCUCUAACUGUUUCAAAGGUUCUGCUCAUGGUCAUCCGAGCUUUGAUGCAAUGUUGGUUGGCGAGAAUGAACUGCUUGUAAAUGAAAUUGUCCACGAACAUCGCAGUGGUUUCGCCAAUAGCUUUAUCAUAAAUGACGAAGAUAAGAAUAGUCUUGAUGCAAAAGUGAGAGAGACGAUGGAAAAGGCUUUUUGGAAUGUUAUUAUGGAAACCAUGAAACAAGAGGAACCUGACUUCAGCUGGGUUCUUAAACUCAUGAAGGAAGUCAGGGAUGAACUGUGUGAGAUGUCCCCUCAAAGUUGGAAACAAGAGAUUGUUGAAACUAUUGAUAUUGACAUUCUCUCAAAGGUGCUGAAGUCAGGCAAUCUAGACAUGGAUUAUUUUGGGAGGAUCCUAGAGUAUGCACUACUCACUUUGCAGAAACUUUCUGCCCCAGCUAAUGAUGAUGAGAUGAAGACAAGUCACCAUGAGUUACUGAAAGAACUAGAAGAGAUUUCUCAAAUUGGAGAAAAAUCAACUGCCUCAUUUGCCCUUCUAAUGAUUAGGGGUCUGCGCUUUGUUCUACAGCAGAUACAGACUCUUAAGAGAGAGAUUAGCAAGGCACGCGUAAGAAUUAUGGAAUCACUUAUUGACGGACCAGCUGGUUUGGAAUACCUGAAAAAAGCUUUCGCCAACCGAUAUGGAUCUCCUAUUAAUGCCCCUACUUCUCUACCAUUGACUAGGCAGUGGCUAUCAUCUGUGCGGGUAGUUGCAGUGGAAGAGUGGGAUGAAUACAGAGAUUCUCAAUCCACCAUGACAAGCAAUGUGAGAUUAUCCGAGGGACUUCCACCUACUACUCUUCGAACUGGAGGCAGCAUUCUUACGCCAUCAAAAAUGGGCUCUCCGACCUUCUCUGCAACAGGUAAAGAACAACCAGAAUGCAAGGGAGAAAGGGUUGAUUUGUUCAUUCGGCUUGGUUUGUUAAAGCUAGUAAGUGAGAUAGGGGGGCUGGCUCUGGAAACUCUCCCUGAAACACUCAAGCUUAAUUUCUCUAGGCUAAGGGCUGUUCAGUCUCAACUUCAGAAGAUCAUUGUCAUUUCUACCAGCAUGUUGGUUCUCCGCGAAACGCUUCGAAGUGAGAACUUAGUGACCGGUCCUUUAGACAUGGAUAAUAUAGUAUCCACAUGUGUCAAGCAGCUCUCUGAUCUGUUGGAUAGUGUUGAAGAUGUUGGUGUACCAGAAAUUGUUGAAACAAUCAGUGGGUUCCCUCAAGGCUGUGACCAUGUUCUAGAUGCUGGAAAACUCCAAGCCAGGAAGCAAGUUAUGGCAAACAUGUUGGCAAAAAGCUUGCAAGCUGGGGAUUCCAUAUUUGCCCGGGUGUCCCGUACUGCUUAUCUGGCUGCAAGGGGGGCUGUGCUCGGAGGAAAUGGGAUGAAGGGAAGGCAAUUGGUGGAGACAGGUCUGCAACGUCUAGGAGCAGCUCUUCUUACAGAUAAGCUAAUGGAAGCAGCUGAAGUGCUGAUUGAGGUGGCAGUUGUAUCAGGCAAUGUUCAUGGGGCAUGGUACGAGGAGGUGCUCAACAGUAUGUAAAUUUUUCAUUUUGUAAAAGCAAAAGAUGUAAAGAAUUCCUUUUUCCUUUCAUUAAAUUGGAAAAAUGGUAUUGUAUAAUAUCUGCAUUUCCUAUAUAAAGUGUUUUCAUGUAUAAAUUGUGCUGACAUUCAUUAACCAUUGUGUAAUAGAUAGUGAACAGUAUCAUGAGGACUUGGAUGUAUGAAAGUUUAGGUGUAAAUAGCUUGUGAAUCAAAUAAAGGUUAUUUGUUUUCUCAGUA